AUGAUUCCGAAAUUAUAUGUUGCGUGUGCCAUUUUGGGGAUUUUAAUCCAAUUUUCAAAAUGCUUUCCUGCUUCAGAUCAAGGUGGUGGUGGCAAUUGUGGCGGAGGAGGCGGGAAUAAUGGUGGUAUUGUCAGUAGCAUUACUUCCGACAUGUAUCCUACACCCAGAAGAGAGGAAUGCGUAUCCGAUAAGUACGCUGGGAACAUAAUCGUCAAAGACCCGUACAGAUGGAUGGAAAAACCGGUUAUGGAAGAAAUAAAAAAAUUCUACGAAUCGCAUAACGCUAUUACGAGACCGUACUUGGAUAAAAGUCCAUUUCGUCCCCAAAUAGAGGCUCGUUUUAAAGAAUUAAAUGAUCAUCCAAAAUAUUACGGACCUUUAAAAUAUGGAAAGAAAUAUUAUUCUUUUCAAAAUACUGGAUUACAAAAUCAAGACGUAUUUUACGUACAAGAUUCGUUGAAUGACGAACCGAAGGUGUUUUUCGACCCGAAUGCUCUCAGCGAAGAUGGCACUAUCGCUUUGAAUUUCGACACUUCCUCUUUUUCCUACGAUGGGCUCAUUUUUGCGUAUUCGUUGAGUCAAAAUGGUUCCGAUAGGAUGAAGGUGAAAUUCAAGCAUGUAGAAAAAGGUGACAUUUACAAAGAAGAAUUAAUUGAAGUGAGAUACACAACUUUACAAUGGACUCGUAACAAUAAAGGAAUAUUUUACGGGCGAUUUCUGGGCGAUAAUCCUGAUCAUGAAUCAGUUCUAAAUCAAAAAUUAUAUUACCACGAAGUCGGAACUGAUCAAUCUAAAGACGUCCUAGUCGCAGAAUUCCCAAAAAAUCCGGAUUAUAUGAUAGGCGGUGUCAAUUUAAGCGACUGCGGUAAAUACUUGAUAAUCACUCCGUCAGAUAAUGAUGAUCAUAAUUUGAUAUAUAUCGCUGAUUUGGAAAAAAUUAACUACGAAAUAAAGGGUAAAUUAGAUCUUAUACCAAUCGUCACGAAAAUGGAAGCCAUUUACGAAUUCAUCGCCAACGACGAUACAAUAUUCACUUUCAGAACUAACAAAGAUGCAGAUAAUUACGUACAAAUUAAUAACAAUCGACAUUAAAAAUCCAGAUCCCUGUUCGUGGAAAGAUCUAGUACCUGAAAAUAAAAAAGACGUG